UCCCAGAUGUGAAGCAGCGAGCGGAGCAGGGUGGCGGUCGGGUCAUUUCCAGCCUGACAAGUGAAGUGACAACAUCUCACAUUCCUAACUUUGGUCAUUCCGUGGAUCACUUGUGGACUAAACUGAAAGUUUUUUUUACAACGUUUUUUUUUUGCAGACACUCAUCGGUCGGAUGUAUGAAAAACCCAUGUGGACUUGUGCAACCGUUUUAAACCAGAAGGAAUGCCUAUUUUGUUGCUCAAACUAACUUUAUUUUUGUGGCUGACUGGACUAACGCGAGGCCUAAGAUGCUCCAUGCCCACGGAUGCGUGUUUAAACCAGGGGAGGUGUGAGGCCACCCCGGAUGGCAAUGGACAGUGCAUGUGCCGUAAUGGGUAUGCUGGAAGCAGGUGCCAGUUCCGUGACCCGUGCACCACGGGGCCUUGCAUGAACGGCGCCACAUGCAGCGUCGUGACAAAGGCGAACACAGUGGACUUCAGCUGCACCUGCAAGCUGGGCUUCGCCGACCGCCGCUGCCAGACGCCUGUCAACAUUGCAUGUGUCGGCAUGCCGUGUCGCAACGGAGGCACCUGCGAGGUGGAGAGCCUGCAGACGUACAAGUGCCGCUGCCCACCUGGAUGGUCAGGUAACCAGUGCCAGCAUACCGACCCCUGUGCCUCGAAUCCGUGCGCCAAUGACGGCCGGUGCGCCGCUAUCGAGUCCCAUUACAUCUGCUCCUGCACGCAGUUCUUCUCUGGAAAGACCUGCAGCCAGGACGUCAAUGAGUGCGAUGCCAACCCGCCCCCUUGCAAGAACGGCGGCGUCUGCGUCAACGUGGUCGGCGGCUACCGCUGCCAGUGCCCGGCGGAGUACAUAGGCAAGCACUGCGAGAGCCGCUACCUGCCAUGCAACCCAUCCCCUUGCCAAAAUGGAGGCACCUGCAUCCAGAACGGAGAUACCAGCUAUGAAUGCACUUGUGUGCCAGGCUUUACCGGAAAAACCUGCAACCAGAACAUUGAUGACUGUCCAGGCCACGACUGCCAGAAUGAAGGGACCUGUGUGGACGGAGUCAACACCUACAACUGCCAGUGUAGACCCGAAUUCACAGGUCAGCUCUGCACAGAGGACGUGGAUGAGUGCCAGCUGAUGCCCAAUGCCUGCCAAAAUGGUGGCACAUGCCAUAACACUUAUGGCAGCUUCCAGUGCGUGUGCGUGAACGGGUGGACGGGGGACGACUGCAGCGAGAACAUUGACGACUGUGCCAGCGCCGCCUGCCACCACGGCUCCACCUGCCACGACCGCGUUGCCUCGUUCGUCUGCGAAUGUCCUCAUGGCCGCACAGGUCUGCUGUGCCAGCUGGAUGACGCCUGCAUCAGCAACCCUUGUCAGAAGGGCUCCAACUGUGACACCAACCCCGUCAGUGGGAAUCACGUCUGCACCUGCCCUCCGGGCUACUUGGGGGUCUCCUGUGAUCAAGAUGUUGACGAGUGCUCGCUGGGUCCCAACCCUUGUGAGCAUGCCGGAAAGUGCAUAAACACCAAGGGCUCGUUCCAGUGUAAGUGCCAGCGGGGAUACGUGGGGCCGCGCUGCGAGCUGGACAUCAACGAGUGCAUGUCCAACCCGUGCAUGAACGAGGCCACUUGCCUGGACCAAAUUGGCGACUUCCACUGCAUCUGCAUGCCAGGCUAUGAGGGGGAGUUCUGCAAGAUCGAUACGGAUGAGUGCGCCCACAGCCCCUGCCUGAACAGUGGCAAGUGUAUCGACAAGAUCAACGCCUUCCACUGCCAGUGCCCCACAGGCUUUACCGGCCACCUCUGCCAGAUCGACAUUGACGAGUGCGCCAGCACGCCGUGCCAGAAUGGCGCCAAGUGCACAGACGGGCCAAAUAAGUACACCUGCGAGUGCACAGAGGGCUACACUGGGAGGCACUGUGAGACGGACAUCAACGAGUGCUACUCUGACCCAUGCCACUAUGGCUCCUGCAUUGACGGCCUGGCUUCCUUCAGCUGCCACUGCCACCCGGGUUACACCGGCCGACUGUGCGAGACGAACAUCAACGAGUGUCUCAGUCAACCAUGCAGAAAUGGCGGCGUCUGCCAGGACCGGGAAAACGCUUACAUUUGCAAUUGUCCCAAGGGGACCACAGGAAUCAACUGUGAAAUCAACAUUGAUGACUGCAAGAGCAACCCUUGUGACUAUGGGACUUGCAUUGACAAGAUCAAUGGCUAUGAGUGUGCCUGCAAGCCCGGCUACACUGGCACCAUGUGCAACAUCAACAUCGACGAGUGUGCCAUUAACCCAUGUCACAACGGCGGCACCUGCAUCGACGGCAUCAACAGCUUCACCUGCGUGUGUCCUGAAGGUUACCACGAUGCCACCUGCUUCUCACAGGUCAACGAGUGCCUCAGCAACCCCUGCAUCCACGGACACUGCGAGGACAAGAUCAACGGAUAUAAAUGCCUGUGCGACUCUGGUUGGAGCGGCAACAACUGCGACAUCAACAACAACGAGUGCGAGUCCAAUCCGUGCAUGAACGGAGGCACAUGCAAAGACAUGACCAGCGGAUACGUUUGCACCUGCCGCGCAGGCUUUACUGGACCAAACUGCCAAACCAACAUCAACGAAUGCGCCUCCAACCCCUGCCUCAACCAGGGGACGUGCAUCGACGACGUGGCAGGCUAUAAGUGCAACUGUAUCCUGCCUUACACUGGAGAGAACUGUGAAAGUGUCAUGGCCCCUUGUAGCUCCAAACCUUGCAAACAUGGGGGAGUGUGUCAGGAGUCUGAGGACUAUCAAAGCUUUUCCUGCAUCUGCCCGGAAGGAUGGCAAGGGCAAACCUGCGAGGUGGACAUUAAAGAGUGUGUAAAAAAACCCUGCCGUAAUGGUGCUACUUGCCAGAACACCAUGGGAAGUUACCGCUGCGGCUGCAAACCGGGCUUCACCGGGCGCAACUGUGAAACUGACAUUGACGACUGCAAGCCCAAUCCAUGCAGUAACGGAGGCCUGUGUGAGGACGAGGUGGACGGAUUCUUGUGCACGUGCCAGCCAGGCUUUCGAGGCAACACGUGCGACGAAGACAUCAACGAGUGUGAGAGCAACCCGUGCAAGAACGGAGCCAACUGCACGGACUGUGUCAACAGUUACACCUGCACCUGCCCGCCAGGCUUCAGUGGAAUCCACUGUGAAAACAACACUCCUGACUGCACAGAGAGCUCCUGUUUUAACGGCGGGACAUGUGUGGAUGGCAUCAACACCUUCACUUGCUUGUGCCCAUCUGGCUUCACUGGCAGCUACUGUCAGCACGACAUCAACGAGUGCGACUCCAGACCCUGCCUGAAUGGCGGCACCUGCCAGGACAGCUAUGGCACCUACAAGUGCACCUGUCCUCACGGCUACACGGGACUCAACUGUCAGAAUCUGGUGCGCUGGUGCGACUCGUCGCCUUGUAAGAACGGGGGCACCUGCUGGCAAAGGGGGACCACUUACAGCUGCGAGUGCCAGACUGGUUGGGCGGGGGUCUACUGCGACAUACCGAGUGUCUCCUGCGAGGUCGCAGCCAAACAGAGAGGGGUCGAUGUCGCCAAUCUGUGUCGUAACUCAGGCCAGUGUCUGGAUGCCGGGAACGUCCACCGGUGCCACUGCCAGGUUGGUUACACGGGAAGCUACUGCGAAGAGCAGGUGGAUGAAUGCACCCCCAACCCUUGUCAAAAUGGAGCGUCGUGUACGGACUUUCUGGGAGGAUAUUCAUGCAAGUGCAUGCCAGGCUUCGUAGGGACCAACUGCUCGGACGAGAUCAAUGAGUGUUUCUCCCAGCCGUGCCAGAACGGGGGUACCUGCAUUGACCUGAUCAAUACCUACAAAUGCUCCUGUCCCCGAGGGACCCAAGGCGUCAACUGCGAGAUCAACAUUGAUGACUGCACCCCGUUUGCCGAUCCCAUCACCAAAGAGCCCAAGUGUUUUAACCAAGGGAAAUGUGUGGACGGGGUAGGGGGCUACCACUGCAUCUGCCCGCCAGGAUACGUGGGAGAGCGGUGCGAGGGGGACGUCAACGAGUGUCUAUCCAACCCCUGCGACCCGCGGGGCACACACAGAUGCAUCCAGUUAGCCAACAACUACCGCUGCGAGUGUCGCACCGGAUUCACUGGUCAGCGCUGUGACGCUGUGUUCGACGGCUGUAAGGGUCGACCUUGUCGUAAUGGGGGCACCUGUGCUGUCGCCAGUAACACCCCACAUGGCUUCAUAUGCAAAUGCCCUCCGGGUUUUACUGGCUCCACAUGCGAAUAUGACGCUCGGGCUUGCGGCAGCCUCCACUGCCGCAACGGAGGCACAUGCAUCUCCGGCCAAAAAAGCCCCAAGUGUUUCUGCACGCCAUCAUUCACGGGACCCCAGUGCCAGUAUCCCACCGACAGCCCCUGCAACUCCAACCCCUGCUACAACUUUGGCACGUGCGAGAACACCUCGGAGGAGCCUUACUACCAUUGCGUCUGCCCUGCCAACUUCAACGGCCUCUGGUGCCACAUCCUAGAUUACAGCUCCCCGGGGGGUCCUGGCCAUGACAUCACGCCGCCGCCGUCUGUGGUGGUGGACGUGGCCUGCGAGAUCCCGCAGUGCGAGGAGCGCAAGCACAACCAGGUGUGCGACGGGCUGUGCAACAACCACGCGUGCGGCUGGGACAACGGCGACUGCUCGCUCAACUUCGACGACCCGUGGAAGAACUGCUCGGCCUCGCUGCAAUGCUGGCGCUACUUCAACGACGGCAAGUGCGACUCGCAAUGUGACAACGCUGGAUGCCUCUAUGACGGCUUUGACUGCCAGAACCUGGAAGGACAAUGCAACCCAUUAUACGACCAGUACUGCAAGGAUCACUAUGCCGACAACCACUGCGACCAAGGCUGCAACAACGCUGAGUGUGAGUGGGACGGCUUGGACUGUGCCAACAACAUGCCAGAGAAGUUCGCCAUGGGCCAGUUGGUCGUAGUGGUCCACAUCGCGCCCGAGCAGCUCCUCAACAACUCGUUUGGCUUCCUACGCGAGCUCAGCCGUGUCCUCCGCACCAACGUGGUGUUCAGGAAGGACGUGGAGGGCGGCACCAUGGUUUAUCCCUACUACGGCAACGAGCAGGAGCUGAAAAAGUACAACGUCAAGCGCUCAGUAGACAGUUGGUCAGACGUUCCGGUCAAGGUGCUGACUAUAGCUAAGAGGAGCUUGUAUCAUGCAGCAGGGGGGCACUGGAGGACGAAGAGGGAGCUGGAUCACUUGCAGAUAAAAGGUUCAAUUGUGCACUUGGAGGUGGAUAACCGCCAGUGCAUCCAGCAGUCCAGUGAGUGUUUCCAGAGCACCACGGAUGCCGCUGCCUUCCUCGGGGCAUUGGCUUCCAGUGGCAAACUGGAUGUUCCCUACACCAUCGAAGCUGUUUAUAGCGGUGCAGACCCUCAGCCGUCUCAGGAACUCUAUCCCAUCUACGUGGUCGUAGGCGCUCUGCUGAUGCUGGCCUUCGCCGGAGUGGGCAUGGUCGCUGCCCGUAAGCGACGCCACGAACACGGACGCCUUUGGCUCCCUGAAGGCUUUAAGACGACGGAGACCAGCAAAAAGAAAAGACGGGAGCCCGUCGGGGAGGACUCGGUGGGAUUAAAGCCGCUGAAGAACACCUCAGACAUUUCGCUCAUGGACGACGGUCACAACGAUUGGGGAGAAGAUGAGCCAUCAGAUGCCAAACGCUUCAGGCACUUUGACGAGCAAGCUGUCCUGGAGGUGGAUGACAAGAAGGACAACCGACAGUGGACCCAACAGCACCUGGACGCUGCCGACCUGCGCAUCCCCUCCAUCGCGCCCACACCCCCCCAGGGCGAGAUUGAGAACGACUGCAUGGACGUCAACGUUCGGGGUCCAGAUGGAUUCACACCCCUGAUGAUUGCGUCCUGCAGUGGCGGCGGCUUGGAAACGGGCAACAGCGAGGAGGAGGAGGACGCCUCGGCCAACGUGAUCAAUGACUUCAUCUAUCAGGGCGCCAACCUUCACAACCAGACCGACCGCACCGGCGAGACCGCACUGCACCUGGCCGCUCGCUACGCCCGCUCCGACGCCGCCAAAAGGCUGCUUGAGGCCAGCGCCGAUGCUAACAUCCAGGACAACAUGGGCAGGACGCCCCUGCAUGCGGCCGUGGCAGCAGACGCCCAGGGUGUCUUCCAGAUUCUAAUCAGGAACCGCGCCACCGACCUCGAUGCCCGCAUGCAUGACGGCACCACUCCCCUAAUCUUGGCUGCCCGGCUGGCGGUGGAAGGCAUGGUGGAUGAGCUCAUCAACUGCCACGCCGAUGUCAACGCCAUCGAUGAUUUCGGUAAAUCGGCGUUACACUGGGCCGCCGCUGUGAAUAAUGUGGAAGCAGCCAUUGUGUUACUCAAGAGCGGUGCCAACAAGGACAUGCAGAACAACAAGGAGGAGACGCCGCUCUUCCUGGCAGCUCGGGAAGGAAGCUACGAGACCGCCAAGGUCCUCCUGGAUCACUUCGCCAACCGAGAGAUAACCGACCACAUGGACCGCCUUCCAAGAGACAUUGCCCAAGAGCGAAUGCACCACGACAUCGUGAGGCUGAUGGACGAGUACAACCUCGUGCGAAGCCCUCCCAUGCACGGGGGCUCCCUCAGCACGGCGUUGUCGCCCACUCUCUGCUCGCCCAACGGCUACUUGGGCAACAUGAAGCAGUCGCAGCCGCAGGGUCAGGGGCUGGGCAAAAAGGCCCGGAAGCCUGGCGCCAAAAGCUGCAAGGACAGCAAGGACAUGAAAGUGAAGAAGAAAAACUCCCAGGACGGGAAGUCCGGUAACCUCCUGGACAGCUCGGCCGUGCUAUCGCCGGUGGAUUCUCUGGCGUCACCGCACGGCUACGGAUCGGAUGUGGCGUCGCCUCCCAUGAUGACGUCGCCGUUCCAGCAGUCGCCGCCCGUGUCGCUUAAUCACCUCCAGGCCAUGUCAGACGGGCACCUGGCCGUCAACCACAUGGUGAUGCCCAACAAGCAGGAGCUGGCGCGGAUGCAGUUUGACCCGCUUCCUCCCCGCCUUACCCACCUGCCCGUGACAGGGUCGAGCGGGCAGUGCACCUUGACAGGCCAGUGCGAUUGGCUCUCCAGGAUGCACGGCAACAUGGGCCAGUUUAACACCUUAAGAGGAGGAGUAGGUCAGGGGGGCUUGGGAAUGAUGACCACCCUUCACAAUGGUCACCCUGCCAACAUGUCUCAGAUGAUGACCUACACAGGAAUUCAGAACGCCCGCCUCGCUCCUCAGCCUCACAUCAUGCAGCAGAUGCAGAACCUCCAGCAGCUCCAGCAGCAACAAAGCAUCCAGCUGCAGAGCCAGAGCUCAAACACCAGCAACAGCCAGAACUUCGUCAGCGGCGAUCUGAGUUCCCCGGAGCUCCAGCAAAGCAGCGGCACCUCCAGCAUCCCCAUCCGCACCAUCCUGCCCCAGGAGGCCCAGAUCAUCACCCAGUCCAUCCCCAGCGCCCAGUUCCUCACCCCGCCCUCCCAGCACAGCUACACGGGCACCAUGGACAACAACACCCCAAGCCAUCAGGUCCAAGUGGCCGACCACCCCUUUCUGACACCUUCCCCGGGCUCCCCGGAUCAAUGGUCCAGCUCUUCUCCUCACUCCAACAUGUCCGACUGGUCGGAGGGCAUCUCCAGUCCGCCUACCAGCAUGCAGUCUCAGAUGGUGCACAUUCCCGAACAGUUCAAAUGAAAAAGUGAUCCAUAUAUUUUUAUAAUUAAAAAAAGGGCAAAGCUGUAAACAAGACUUAAUAGAACACUUUAUAUGCUUUUAUACUAACAGCAUUUCAUCAACUCUUUUUGUUUUUUUAUUUAUUAAUGUCUUAUUUAUACGCCUUGCCUGCCUUCAGAAAUUUGGGGUCUUUCUUCUCUCCUUUUGUACUCAUACACUGGCUAUUUAUUGUCGUCCGAGUCCUACUUCUCUUAAAGGCCUACUGAAAUGAGAUUUUCUUAUUCAAACGGGAAUAGCAGGUCCAUUCUAUGUGUCAUACUUGAUCAUUUCGCGAUAUUGCCAUAUUUUUGCUGAAAGGAUUUAGUAGAGAAUAUCGACGAUAAAGUUCGCAACUUUUGGUCGCUAAUAAAAAUGCCUUGCCUUUACCGGAAGUAGCAGACGAUGUGCGCGUGACGUCACGGGUUGUAGGGCUCCGCACAGCAGGAGCAUUUUGGACCGAGAAAGCGACGAUUUCCCCAUUAAUUAGAUUCGUGGAUGGGGAAAGUUACAGUGGAGCACUAAAAAAAGAAGAAGAAAAAGGCGACAGCUCCAGGCGGCGGCAGUGGGAGCAAUUCAGAUGUUAUUAGACACAUUUACUAAGAUAAUUCUGGAAAAUCCCUUAUCUGCUUAUUGUGUUAAUAGUGUUUUAGUGAGAUUAUAAAAUCAUACCUGAAAGUCGGAGAGCUGCGAUGAACGCCAGUGUCUCUGAGAGAAGCAAAUGGAGGAGCCAAGAUCACAGCUGCCUUUUUGACAGCUGCUGCAGGAGGUCGCAUAAUCCACUCAAGUCUCCGUUAAUAUCACAAUUUUCCCCAUCCAAAAACUUGCUGGUUGACGUAGAGAAACAUGUUCGCUUGACCGCUCUGUGUUAAAGCUUCACAACAAACAAAGAAACACCGGCUGUGUUUCGGUUGCUAAAGGCAGCUGCACUCCACCGCUUUCCACCAACAGCAUUCUUAUUUAUAGUCUCCAUUAUUAAUUGAACAAAUUGCAAAAGAUUCAGCAACACAGAGUCCAAAAUACUGUGUAAUUAUGCGAUGAAAAGAGACGACUUUUAGCCAUAAGUAGUGCUGGGCUAAUAUGUCCACUACAACCCGAGAUGUCACAAACAUGCAUCAUCAUUCCGCAACGUUUUCAACAGGAUACUUAGCGGGAAAUUUAAAAUUGCAAUUUAGUACACUAAACCGGCCGUAUUGGCAUGUGUUGCAAUGUUAAUAUUUCAUCAUUGAUAUAUAAACUAUCAGACUGCGUGGUCGGUAGUAGUGGGUUUCAAUAGGCCUUUAAUAUUUGUCUUAUAUAUAUUUUGGAUAAUCUUGUUUAUAGAGAAAAUGGUGUUCAAGGGGCAUUUCAUAGUAAGUGUUAAUCCGGGGCGUAAACGUAGAGUUUUUACCAUUACAAUUUUUGUUCCAUUUUUUGCAUUUUCCAAAAACAGAAGGAAGUAUGCGAGACGUUGCAUCCAGCGGUGAUUGAUGCUAUGUUUGUACAGUUAAAGGCCAUCUUGGAGAUCGGCGGUUAAAAAGACAACUGGCCCUGUUUCGGCCACCGUGUAUGUAGUUGUUAGUCCGGAGGGAGAUCAAGGAAACGCCACCCCCUCUCUCUCUCUCUCCUAUACGUUUGAGCCUAUGGCUAUGUUCUCUUCCUUCUCUGUAAAUACUUUAGGUCAUGCAUUUCCCUUGUAAGCAGGAUUUUGUUGAAGAAAUCUGAUGUCUUAAGCAUUCAUUGUUUUGCCUCUCAAAUAUCAAAAAGAUGGUAUAGUUUAUAUACUGCUUGUUUAGCCUUUUGUUUUUUUCUGUAUAAAGUUUGGACACCCUUGCUUUAAAGUGUCACAUCGAAUAGAGUAUAUAUUUUGUAUACCUCCCCCCAUUAUGCAAUCAUUCAUUUCAACUGUAUAACAUUAUAAAUGUUGUCUUUUGGACUUUAAUAUGUGUUUGAGUUCUGUUAAUCUUUUAAAUCCAUUGACACUUGUGUUCGUUUAUUGUCCAUUUGCCAUACUAAAACAUAGUCCUUCAGUACUGUCUGAGAUACAACCUGCAGGUUGUAUUCUAUUUUUUACAUUUUGUUGUAGUGACACUGUAUAUUUUCUCUCAUGUACAAAGAUACGACUGGCAAAAUCUAUAACCUGUCGAAACUCUGUCCUUUUUUUCAGUCUGUAAAAAUGUUUCUUGAUAUAAUAAAUGGCACCUGUUUGUGUCUUAAAUUGA